GUUGAUUAUAGACUUACAAAAGCAGACAGUGGAAGGUCACCAUGGAUCUCGGUGAGUUUGAAGCAGACAACUCGGUGAGCUGUCGCCUGGCUUCAGCGAUACCCGAUGUCUGCAAGACAGAAGACUGCUGUUUGGGUAUCGAUGAAGCCGGCAGGGGGCCUGUACUGGGUGAGUGGGUCUCAACCAUGAAAAUAUGGGGUUUCUACCUCCUGUUCAAAUGUCAUGGAUUACUAGUCCAUGUUAUCUAAUCUAUUUUUACAUUUAGGUCAUUUAGCAGAUUUUUUUGGCUCCUAUUCAAACGUCAUGGAUCACUUAGUAGAUCACUGAAUGUCUGUUAUCUAGUUGCUUGGUCAUCAUUUGAUGUUGCUUGCUAAUAUCAUGCGUUUGCUCCACCAGGACCCAUGGUCUACGGAAUAUGUUUCUGUCCCAUCGGCAAAAAGGAAGAUCUGAAGGACUUGAAAGUGGCAGGUAAGUUCAUGAUGUAGGUUCAUGAAAGUUAAAAAAUAUAUAUAUACAUAAACAUUCAAGAGGAAUCCACCGUUAAAUAAUUCAUUAAUUAAUAUCAUACGUGUUCUGCAGGAUGCCUGUGUGACUGUAUUGUACAUGUCUGUGUCUCUACUGACAAACCUUUGAGGAUCAACAAAGUUGAUUCAUUCAUCUGUUUAUUGUACAAUGAUGAGUUACUGUGUCUCCUUUUCUAGACUCGAAGACAUUGACAGAGGCACAGAGAGAGCAUCUAUUCCGCAAGCUGGACGAGGCCAAGAGCUUUGUAGGCUGGGCUCUUCAGAUCCUCUCACCCAACACUAUCUCUACCAGCAUGCUGCAGAGGUAUUUAAACACAUACUGUACUACACACACACACACACACACACAGACACAGAGAAAGACAGACAGAGAGCGAACAAGAGAACCCACACACAGAUGAUUCUAACUGUUCUACUCUUCCACAGGUCCAAAUACAACCUGAACGCUCUCUCUCAUGACGCAGCCAUUGGCCUGGUACAGUUCGCCCUGGACAGUGGAGUACAGCUCAAAGAGGUACGGUACAAAGCAUCUUGAUUCUUGUAAACCAUGCAUACAAACACACCACUAUCAUCAAUACAACAUUACAAACCCUCUAAAUGUCCUUUCUGCCCUACUCUUUUCUCUCACUCUGUCUUUCUAUAUUCCUUUUUGUCUCUCCCUCGUUUUCUCCCUUUCUCUCUAUCAUAUCCACCACCCUUCCAACUAUAUAGACAUGUUAUUUUUACUCCUCAUUGUUAUUCACUGUGUAUUUAUACCUCUGGUCACUAUUUCAGUUUUUCUUUAUCUUAAACUCUGCAUUGUUGGGAAGGGCCUGUAAGUAAGCAUUUCACUGUUAGUCUACAUCUGUUGUUUACGAAGCAUGUGACUAAUGAAAUGUAAUUUGAUUGAUUUGACCAACCUUCUAUUACUACCCUGUCCCUUGUCCUCCCUCCCUCUCCCUGUGUGUGACAGGUUUUUGUGGACACGGUGGGUCCUGCAGAGAAGUACCAGGAGAAACUGUCCCAGCGGUUCCCCGGGGUGGAGGUGACCGUACGACCCAAAGCUGACUCCCUCUUCCCCAUCGUCAGCGCUGCCAGUAUCUGUGCCAAGGUCAGAGGUCACGCUAACUCUCUCAUUUUCUCUUAUAGUUUCCUCUCUUUGUCUCCUGUACCUCGAGACCAGGGAUCUGAAAGUACUGGAGUGAAGGGUUUUGUCCCAGAUUAGCAGGAUUGAGGUAGCCUGAGUGCCAGUCUGUCUGUGCUAUCAUGCCAACUCCUUGUCAAUCCUAGACAGCGAUUGAGUUGGCAGGAGCACAAACAGACCUGGGACCAGGCUAAGAAGGAGGAUCACUGGCCUAAAUGAUCUCUGCUGCUCCUUCAGGUGGCCAGGGACCAUUCAGUAAAAGACUGGAACUUUCCAGAAGACCUAGGAGAGGUGGAUGCAGACUACGGCUCUGGCUACCCCAACGGUCAGUAGGGGAACACGUUAGGGAACAUCUUCUCCCAUCACACUCUUUUUAAUGGCUUGACAACACUGGAACAAUAUAUGAAGUUCAUAAUCUUAUAUUAAAUCCUAGUUUAGUCAAAUUUGACUCAUGUUUUAGUCCUUUAUUGGUAGAAUUGGUUUAACACUAGAAGCGCAGAAACCAUCGUUUUGACAUCAUAUGAAUUUAAAUGUUGUAUAACAAUUUUAAAAGUCAUGGCUGGAAAAGGAUGGAGGUCCAUCUUUUCUGUUAAAUAGAAGAGUUUGUAGAAGUACAGUGUUUUAGUGCUGUAAUGGUAGAAUCUGUUUAAAAUAAAGUAGAAUGUCUUCUUGUGUGUUUCCUCCAGACCCGAAGACGAAGGCGUGGCUGCUGAAGUACCUUGACCCGGUGUUUGGCUACCCUCAGUUUGUCAGGUUCAGCUGGAGCACCACACAGACCCUGCUGGACAGCAAGGCUGUCACCGUACACUGGUGAGGAGAGAUGGGGUGGAAGUGGGGGGGGGGUGAGGGUCUGCGGUGAGAGAGGGCUACAGGUAGAUGGUGAAAAGUGCUCAGUGUUUACCCUAUAUUGUACUCAUUUAUUUUACUACUAUAACCCUGUUUACCCCCAUACAAGUGUUUGAGGAAAGGGUAGGGGCUAUAGCAAUGUGAAAGCUGUAUCUGUCUCUGUCUAUACAUUCAGUAGAACAAGUUCACAUAACUAUUUGUGUGUUAUCAGGGAUGAUGAUGAGGAGGAUGGGGAGAAGGCUGCAGCACGUCAGAACAACACCUCCAUGUUGUCCUACUUCAAGGCCGGCUCCAAGACCUCCGCCCAGCAGAGCAACACACACCAGACACACCGCUUCUUCACCGAGAGGAGACUGCAGAGCCUGGCCACACUCUGAGAGGAGGAAUACACCCACCCACUGAGACAUGGUGCAGGGCACACACACACUCUGUUUAACUGUCCAGUGUUUCCAGAUUUCUAUCAAAUAUGACCUAUAGUUAAUUACAAUAUUACUGAAAUAGUGUUCCUACCCAAUUUUUGUUAUUAAGUGUGUUAAAAAGCAGCUUUUCUGU